AUGUGUUACCGUCUCGUCGAGCGCUUCUCCGUCUGCCGCUGUGUCUACUACGAGCACAGCAUCGACAUGUGCGCUGCCGCCAACCAGCAUGGCCACCGCAUACAAGAGAAGACCAUUCUCGUCGGCUACCUGUGCGGGCAUCACUCCGACCAAGACACGCACCAGUCGAGCAGCUUCACCACCGGCUUCACAGACUCGGCCUACGCCAGCCGCGACUCCCACCACCGCUCGCCGCCCGGCGCGGCCGCCUGGCGCUCCUUCCCCCUCGCGCUGUUCGAGCUCAAAGCCUGGGCCGUCUACCUCUUCUCCUUCCGUCGCCGACACUCCAGCGUGCCGCCCUCGGGCCUGACGCGCUUGUUUGCCCCGUACCACGUGCCGGCUUCUAUGCCAUAG